AUGGACACGCGAGGACUGGGAGGAGAAAAGGGGGACGUCAAAGAAACAGUUGGAGCGACGAGCUCAGAUCAGCAGGGCGAGGAAUAG